AGGAAGGAGCGAUGGGGCGCGCGGGCGCCGGGGAGCGGGCGCCGGUGUAGUACUCGCGGCGCCUGGACUGGGAGCGCGGCGGCGGUGGGCGCCCGGAGGCCUGUAAGGGCCCCUGCCCCGAGCACCCGGCCUCCGGCGUCAUGGCCCCCAUGGGCAUCCGCCUUUCCCCGCUGGGGGUGGCCGUGUUUUGUUUGCUGGGGCUCGGCGUGCUGUACCACCUCUACUCGGGCUUCCUGGCCGGCCGCUUCAGCCUCUUCGGCCUGGGCGGCGAGCCCGGCGGCGGCGCGGCGGGGCCGGUGGCCGCGGCGGACGGGGGCACCGUGGACCUGCGCGAGAUGCUGGCUGUGUCGGUGCUGGCCGCCGUCCGCGGUGGCGACGAAGUGAGGCGUGUUCGCGAGAGCAACGUCCUCCACGAGAAAUCCAAGGGGAAGACGCGCGAGGGAGCGGACGACAAGAUGACCAGUGGGGACGUACUGUCCAACCGCAAGAUGUUCUACCUGCUGAAGACUGCCUUCCCUAACGUGCAGAUAAAUACGGAGGAACAUGUGGAUGCAACUGAUCAGGAGGUUAUCUUAUGGGAUCAUAAAAUUCCAGAGGACAUCCUGAAGGAAAUAGCCACCCCAAAAGAGGUACCAGCGGAAAGUGUUACUGUCUGGAUCGACCCACUUGAUGCUACACAGGAAUAUACGGAGGAUCUUCGAAAGUAUGUCACUACUAUGGUUUGUGUGGCUGUAAACGGUAAACCUGUGCUAGGAGUAAUACAUAAGCCAUUUUCUGAAUAUACAGCUUGGGCAAUGGUAGAUGGUGGGUCAAAUGUGAAAGCCCGCACUUCCUACGAUGAGAAGACUCCAAAGAUUGUUGUAUCUCGCUCCCAUUCAGGAAUGGUCAAACAGGUUGCUCUUCAGACUUUUGGAAACCAGACUACAAUUAUCUCGGCUGGUGGCGCUGGUUAUAAAGUUUUGGCACUCUUGGAUGUGCCUGAUAAGAGUCAAGAAAAAGCUGAUCUAUAUAUUCAUGUGACAUACAUCAAAAAGUGGGAUAUAUGUGCUGGCAAUGCCAUCUUAAAAGCCCUUGGGGGGCAUAUGACCACCCUGAGUGGUGAAGAAAUCAGUUACACCGGUGCCGACGGCAUUGAAGGUGGGCUCCUGGCCAGCAUCAGAAUGAACCACCAAGCUUUGGUACGAAAACUCCCAGAUCUGGAGAAGACAGGACAUAAAUGAGCAAAGCUGAUUACAGAUCAGAGCUCUUCCAGAGCUGAAUGGUCAGCCUGAAACGCUGGAGACUUCAAAGGAUCAGUGGAGACUCUGCAUGGUUAAGGCCAUCCUGAACUUUUUAAAGUAUUUAUGAAGCAUCAGAGACUUAUUUUCCCUGUAAUAGGAUGCAAGAUCAGGGAAGAUGGGUUGCUUCGUGUCUCAAGUAUUGUCUUUAUUUUUGAGACUAUUUUCGUACAGUUGUCAUACACAAGGCAUAUAUAUAUAUAUAUAUAUGUACAUAUAUAUAUAUACAUAUAUAUAUAUUUGUGAAUUACAAUCUAUAGCUGAGUCUAUAUUGUUGUGAGUCACCAUUUCCACACAUCAUGAAUCUUCACUGUUAGUACUUUCAUAUAGAAUUGGGCUGAAGAAAGUAUAGAUUUCGUGUAGAUGUUUAAUGUUACUUUAUGCUUAAUAUCUCAUUUAAAAUAAAGUGAUUGGGGGUUUUUACCCCUAAUUCAGAUGGAAAGCACAAGAAGCCACACAUUCAUUAAUAUGCAACAAAUGUUCUAUUUAUCUGUUAAUGAAGAUUUCUUAUGGAUUAAAAUAGAGCUUAAAUUGUUUUUAUUUCUUUGAAAUUUUAAUAACAGGUUCACCAACUGAUAGCGAAUACAGAUAUAUGAUGGUUGCGUUAUAAUUUUUGCGUGUGUGUAUGUGUGUGUGUGUGUGUGUGUGUUUUGUUUCUACAAGAAAAGUGUGUUUGUACUCAUGGGUUCAUCUUUUCUGCCAUCUUGCUGUUGAUUUUCAUUUGCCCUAUGGACAGUGCAUGAUUCCAUCCUUUUCCUCUUGGCCAGCAUUAGUCCUUAACAUGUAAGGUUUGGAUUAAGAUUUCAGGGUUAGCACUAGCAUUAUAGUACGUUUUCUCAUUAGGGACAAAAUAUGCUGUAAGGCACUACAGAAAUAUAAACAAUUAUUAAUUGAAAGUUAUUUGAGACUGUAUGAAUUGCGCUAGCUUUCAUUAUUUUCAAAAGAUGUGUUUAAGUACUUUUUAAAAAUUUUGCCAGGUUUGUGUAUAGGGAUUCUCUCAUUAUCAAGAAUGAGUUAUGGUUGCUUUUGCCAUGGUUGCUUUUACCAUUAAUAAAUGGAUCUAACCUAACCAAACUCUCAUAGUAGUAACUUUUGAGAUAAUUUAUAGUUUCCCUUUAGAGUCAAAUAAUGAAGGUUAAAGUUACUUUUUGAUGAAUUAAAAAAAUUUUUUCUCUUCAGUAUGCAGAAUCUGGUUGGAAGAAAGGUUGUGGCAUACUCGCUGUGUCACUGUAAUUAGAACCUUCUUUCUUUUGUGAACUAUCACUGGGAUGUCUGAUUUCUCUCAUGUGGUAUCUGAAAGCUUCAUGUAUACAAACAAACCCUUAUUUCAUGGGACUUUGAUGUCCUUGUAUUCCAUAAUACACUGAUAAGGAGAGGGAUUUCUCAUGGUUUCUUUCUUUACUUUCCUUCCUUCCUUUUUUUUUUUUUUUUUAACUUUUUAGCAGUAAAGCAACUUUCCAUUUGUUUUCUUAUCUUGGAGGUAUAAUUGACCAAAGAGUGGACAUCCUCAGCGGGUGGAAUGUGCAUCCAGCUUUAGGUUUGCACAUUACACUGUCCAAAGCCCUUUAACUCUUCAUUAGGGAAUUAAGCCUAGUAUGAUGCACACGUUUCCAUCCAAUCUCUAGCACCUGGUCACAAAUCUUACAGAGUAGUGGGUCUCAGUGGGUAAGCUUUUGUUCAAAGUUUUGGUAGUAGGAACACUUGACAUUUAAACAGGACUUAGGAGUUCUACGUCCUGAACAAUAUUGAAGACCUCAUCUUUUUACUGUGCAAUGACAUAAAGGAUUCCUUUUGUCUCAGGAGAGAUGGCAAAAGGCAUAUGCUGUUUCCUGAGUCCUAUAGUAGAAAAGCAUUUGUGUCAUUGUAAACAUGUCAAAGUUAGGGAAAUCUGACUGCCAUAAUGGGAAAUGGGAUUUAAAUGGAAUUUUUUUCCUCCAAUAUUACAUUGGAAAGUUUAUGAUUUAAUGGAAAUGAAGCUAGUUCAUCUUAGCAAGCAUGAUUGCUUUUGGUUUUAUUUUUAAUUUCAUUGAUCUGCAUAUAGAUAAUGACUGUGAAGGACUUAUGUGCAAACAUUGGCUGUCAGUUAAAUGCAUUAUUUUUAUAAUUUAUUGGGUAUAGUCUAGUUACUAAUGAUUUUUAAGUGUUUAUAUAGAAAGUUCCAUUAAAAACAUUAUUUUUGUUUCUAAAAGUCAAUAUACAUUACAGAACUAAUAUAACUACAAAGAACAGUAUUUAUAUUUAUUUAUGUGAGACAUUAUUAUUCCAGAACAUAGCAGUAAAACACCUUCAUAAAUAAGUGAGGCAUAUAACAUCUCCCAGAAUUACAUAAAUAAAAUUUCUAAAAUGUAGAAAAAUCACUAGAGUUUACUUUUAGUGACCCUUAGCUCCCCAACUCCCGAUUUUCCAUUUCCCUCAUCUUUGCCCUUAUUUAGAGGAUAAUUUUCCCUUAAAAUUGAGUUUUACACAAUGAGUAAAAGCAGAGACAUCAGUAAUCACAGUAGCUGUCCCCUCCCUCUGCCUCUCUUCAUUUCUACCUUGUUCCCUAUCUCUCUAACCCAUAAUGUUCUUUUAUUUCUGCUCCUCUUUCUUAACGUGUAUACUCUUUCCCAGCACUUGUCCAGGAAUUCUUUCCUAGACCUAUUUGGUCAAGAUUGGCUGCUGAUAACUUACAGUAGAACUGAGACUCAAGUAAAAUUCCCAGUGAGGGAGAUCAGUCCUGGAGGAAUCCUACUUGACCAUUACUUUCCAAAAACUGCAAAAAGGAAAGGAAAGUCACUUGCAAAACCACAAAGCUCUAAGCUGUCAGGUCUAAUUCAGUGCUUCUGUCUUUACAAAGCAUUUUUUCCGACCCAUCCUUCAAAGAAUGAAAAUGCAGAAAAUACAAAAGAGUUGGA